GUCCCUCGUGCCUGGAAUUCUCGUCUGGCCAAUAAUCCCUCCCGCCCCUCGCCCCCUUCCCCUCCUUCCUCUAUCUGAAAACCCUUGCUGUUGCAGACGCGUCCUUCACACCAACAAUGUCAAAAGAAAAUAAAAAGAUCACGAACAAGCAUCUCCCCUUCAUGUUCUCCCGGCUGUUGAGCCAUCUAUGAUUCAUCAUGGUGGACGCUGCAGAGAGGACAACUUCUCCACCUCGGCAAUCUCCCGUCGAUGAGACUCCGGCGGCCUCUGGGCAUAACUUUUCCACUCCUGCUCCACAACGGCAGCGGUCGUUCAGACGCUCUUACAAUUUAUCAGAUGCUCCCAAUGGAAAUUUGAGCCGUCGCAGUUCAGUCAUUUCCAACCUGUCCUUUGAAGAUGGUCGGCAGUCGGUAAGAUCGCCGACAGAAGACUUCUUCAUGCCCAAAUCUUUCGGGUCGCGGCCGGAAGCAAACACUGAGCCCUCACACUGGGAUUCUGCUCCUCUCGCGUUUGCACUGUUUCCAGCCAUAGGUGGUUUGCUAUUCAAAAAUGGCAGUGCUGUUGUUACAGACGUGACGCUCCUGGGGUUGGCAGCCAUCUUUCUGAACUGGUCUGUGAGACUGCCGUGGGAUUGGUACCAUUCCGCGCAAUCGGUCCGCAUCCAAGAAGAGAGAUAUCACACAGACACGAUUUUUGAAGAGACCAGUGAGGAUGAGCAGCAGCAUGAAGACGGGGCGACGCCUGCACCUGAAUCACCAUCCGAUCAUGCAUCUAGUUCUGAUCAUGCAUCUGGAUCGCAGCGCCUGUACGCAGAAAGAGACAAGGCGAUACAUGAAUUGAGGGUUCACGAAAUGCUUGCUCUCGUAGCUUGCUUUUUGUCUCCCCUCCUCGGGGCCUAUCUCCUUCACACCAUCCGUGGCCAACUUUCACGUCCUUCGGAAGGGCUCGUGUCAAACUAUAACCUGACAAUCUUUGUCCUUGCUGCCGAGCUUCGGCCCGUGGCCCAUCUCGUCAAGCUUGUGCAGUCUCGAACACUUCAUCUUCAACGCAUCGUUACCCCUGGUGCCUUUGCCGAAGAGAACAAUGAUCUUGUCAAGGUUACCGACCUCGAAAAGCGUAUUGGAGAAAUUGAAGUCCAUGUGGCAAAUGCAGCAGAGAAGAACACUGCGGACAAUGGUGGUAAAGGAAACACUGCACAGGUCACAACAGACGUGCGCCGCAACCUCCAACCAGAACUGGAUGCCCUAAACCGAGCAGUCCGCCGCUACGAGAAACGGCACAUGCUGCAGACCAUGCAUACCGAUGCUCGCAUUGUCGACUUGGAGUCUCGACUCAAUGAUGCACUCUCUCUUGCCGCGGCCGCAGUCCAGACUGGCCAACGCCAGAAGUCGCAGCUCCUUGUUAUCCUUACUGAAAUGCUCUGGACUACGCUUCUCUUCCCUUUUGAGUUUCUCUGGCUUAUGCUCAGCUUUCCUGUCAAGAUGACGGGCAAGGUGCUUGACAUGGGCAAGAGUGGAUUAGUAGGCAGCCAGCGGCGCCCUCCGCGAAGAGUCCCCUCCAAGCAUAGUCAUGCAUAUGUUCACCAUUCCCACAAUAGCCAUGGUAGGGUUGGAGAUCGCGUCCAGGGCCGAUCGAUGAAGAGGAUAUAACCAAUCUUUUAUUUUUACUUUUUCGAUUUCUUAUGUCUUUUUCACAAUUUCUUAUUCCACCUUAUGCGGUAGCGAAUAUCCUUUUGAUGGCUCAAGGCGCACUUGAGGGUGUCUUAGCAUUUUCUAUUUCUUCGCUCUCAUCGAUCUUGAUAACAGUUUUCUAUGCACAUGGAGCGGAUCCGGAUAAAGUGGCGUUUGGGAAGGGGAUUCUGAAAUUGUUUAAAGAGUAGCAUUUCUCAAUUAGCGUCAGACUCGGCAGCGACUAAUGAUACAUGCAAUGUCUUUGACCCACGCACUUUUACCACAAUUAGCACUCGUGUUGAAGACACUAAAGUCCGUGCGAAAAUUCUAACCAUUGCAUUGUCCCCUGCAUCUCAGUAUUAUAUGGUG